AUGUUAUCUAUACUUCGGAAGGCGCGACUAAAGGACAAGGAGAUGAGAAUAUUGAUGCUUGGUUUGGAUAAUGCGGGUAAAACGACCAUUGUGAAAAAGAUCAUGAAUGAGGAUGUGACGACUGUGAGCCCAACCCUGGGGUUUAUCAUCAAGACCAUUGAUUUUCAAGGAUAUAAACUCAAUAUAUGGGAUGUUGGAGGCCAAAAGACCCUCCGAUCGUACUGGAGGAAUUAUUUCGAAAAGACUGACGCCUUGAUCUGGGUCGUAGACGCGACAGAUCGCCUCCGUAUCGACGAUUGUCGCGACGAACUGGCUGGCCUGCUUCUCGAAGAGCGUCUGAUGGGAGCCAGUCUCCUGGUUUUCUUGAACAAGACAGAUGUUGCGGGCUGUAUGACUGAGGAGGAUAUUCGUGAGGGACUUCAAUUAGAUGCGAUCAAGACCCACAAAUGGACGAUCCUGCCGUGCAGCGCGAUGACCGGGGUGAAUCUGAACGAGGGCCUGGAAUGGGUGGUACAGGAUGCAAAAGACCGAUUGUUCCUCUAUUGA